AUGCGCCACAACACAGCGCCGAAUGCUCACAAGGCGACAGCAUACAGAGAUGCAUGGCCGCCGAAAGAACAACACUAUGCCUGGGAAGACUGGGAGAACUGGGACAACUGGCAACAGCGCCCCAGCCGCUCGCAGAGCCGAACGAAGAGCCCUCGAGCUACGAAGGGAUCACAGAGCCCAAGAGGACGCAAAGGCAAGGGCAAAGGUAUUGGGAAACACAAUACCAAGCACAAGGAUGCUGCUGCGGGUACGCCGGGUGCAGAGACACAGGGCAUGAACUACAGCUCCUCGCCGUUUGCACCCCUUGCCGCAUCAUUGCCUCCAUGGCCAUCCCUAGAAGGUCUGAGCCAGAAUCUGAUGCCAGCCACACCAUCCGCAGCCAGCAGCUCCAACAACUUGGAAGUGCUGGCCCAGAAGAGAGAGUGCGUUGCAGCACUCAAAGUGGCUUACCCAGACAUCAGUGUAGCUCCCCAGGAAACUCAGGAGCUUAUCGAAAAGAUGGACAAGGACAUCGAGCGCCUGGAAAAGGAGAACAGCAAGUUCGUCACAAAGAACUUGCAUGCUGCUACCAAAACAUUGGGCAAGGCUCAGAAAACAUUGACAGAAGCACUGGAAUCGAGAAAGGUUCACCGCACCCGAUGGAUCAAGCAUAUCACGGAGGCGGUCACCACAUGGCAAACACAGCUGCAAGAGUAUCAGAAGCAACAAGGAGUGUUUCAGACUGCAGCCACAAAGGCCCGAGCAGAUAUCGAAACGGCCAGACGGGAGAUCCAGGAGCUUUCUGUCAAAGCCUCCCAAGCCACAUUGGCUGCCAUGCCACCGAUCACUGCAGUGACAGCGGAACAGGACGAGGGGAACAUGGAGGCAGACACCGAAGAAGAGAAGCUGCAGGGGCAGCUUCAAUCGGUGCUGCAACAUUGUGCCGCAGUCCUGAAGGCAGAAGCUCCACAGCAGGUGGUCGAAGCAGAGGACCUGACCAUGGAAGACGACGAGCGAGACAAAAAGCGCCAACGUUCCAUGGAGCCCUUUGGUGUGCCAGCCUCUGCUGGAGCUCCCUUGGCUGCCAAGAACGCCUGUAGUUUCUCAAGUGACAUUGCUCAUCCUGAGAGCAAGCAUAAGCGACAGAGUCGACAACCUGUGAUCGAUAAGAUGAGGAUAGACAAGGAUCAAUUAGACCCUUUGCAGUUGCAAUUUCUCUGCCUGAUGAAGUCAGUGGUGUUGGAUUGGCAGAGCCAAAAUGCACAGCAAGGCUCGCAGAGCGGCGAUGAUAACAAUCAGAGAGCCGAUACAGGUCAAAGAUUGGGUGAUGGUGGCGAGGCUGAACAUGACUUUGAAGAUGAAGCUGAGCGUCUUACUGACACCUCACUGCCUGAUUCAACGACACAGUUUGAACAAUGGCAAGGAGUUCAAGUAUAUCGGUUAGGACGCCCAGUAGUGCACUGCUUUCUCCGCUGGGGUACAUACAAUGCCAUUCUGCGAGAAAUCGCCCAUUUCCUCGGCGAGCAUAUGCGCAACCUGAUUGGCAUUCAUCAUGUCCAAUGUGCUCUGGUCGGCCAGCAUGAAGCAGAGGAGUCAGUUAUACUGCAGUACGUGAAUGACCUGCCGCUUGGCUCCACCGAAAAGCUGAUCAUCUUGGACAUUGAAGUCCAUUUCCCAGGACUACCAGAGGGUCUUUUGCGAGCACCGGAAGUCUCGAGAAGAGUCCAUAGAGUAGUACCUCAGCUUACACGAGCAUAUGUCCUUCGACUUGCAAGAUUGUUCAAUUAUUGCUUUUUGCAAGGGGACAGAUGUCUGGUCUACUGGGAUCUUAGUUUAUGGCCUGAACAAGAUGCUCGGGUGCGAACCAUUCAACACGGCACUUAUUUGCGAAUUGUUGCAACACCGCCCCUAGAUGCCACAGUCUCCACUGAAGCAGCCCUGAAUUUUGCGAUUUCGGUUGACGAGGAUGAAGCCUCUGCAACCAUGGACUGUACACUGCAGCCGAGAUCAGGUCGAGCUUUAGCCUUGACACAGCGACAGGCUUCUUUUCAAAGGCUUUCAGAAGACACCAUCGGCUUGCAGUCGGUUGGACAGAGAGGAUUGUCAUUUCAUGUGAAUGAUGCAUGUCUUGCGCCCUGGCAACGUCAGCUUGCACAUGUCUUCAAUGCACAGGGGUUUGUGGAAUGUGCUGAGGAAGGAUUUGUGGCAUAUGUUGUAACAUGGUUCGUCGAUCACCUGUAUCGACCAAGAUGCGCCAACAGCCGGCCAGUUCGACUCCGCAGUGCUGAGUUUGAUGAAUGGCGUGCACAGAUUCUCGAGGGCAGACGAUAUGCUGCCUUGAGACAUACUGCAGUAUCAACAGGCGCCUGCGGCUUCCUAGACAUGAUGGAAGAGAGGUGUUAUAGCACAUGUUAUUUUGGUCCAGUCGCCAAACGAUGCAUGGGCAACAUCUCUCGUUUCGGCUAUGUCCUGAUUAUUGAUGAUUUGAUCCACCAGCAGACUGAUGCAGUUACCGACACUGACACGGCAUCCGUCCUUCAAAAGCCUCUUCCUGCCAAACUGCAUGACGAUAGCCAGAUUGAUCCAGAUGGUAACCUGCAUAUUCAGUUUGCGGAAGCAAGUAAAGCUCUUGACAGGCUUGACACACAUUUUACUUUGCCAGUGUUUGAUUUGGAGGCAGUUUUGGCUGACCAUGCCCACUGGCUUCCGCAAUGUCUGCCAUGGAUCCGUGCCGAAUGGUAUGCGUGUGACCAGCCGAUUGACCAUAUCUCUGUUUAUUACGACGGGUCCUUUUUGAAGAAGGAUGGCACGGCUGGAGCCGCAGCUGCGGCUUUUGUCCUGCAAGGCAAUCGAUGGCUGUUUGCUGGUGCAGUUUCUGCACACCUACCGGCACCGGAAUUUGGUUCCUACACUGCGGAAGUACGAGCCAUAGUGGUGACCCUGGGAAUGAACUUGUCGACACGAUUGCACUAUGUGCUACACAAGGCUGUGGGAACGAGCAUUGUAUCGGAAUGUGGUAGGACCAAUGUGCGCUUGCAUAGUCCUGACUUUCACUUGUGGCAUGCCCCAGCCAAUGCUAAAGGGCAUUUUCAUUCCAGCAUCUUUUUCUACAUGCCACACCGGACCGUCAGGCCUACCACGCCGAUGCAGUUGCUGGGAGAAUGCCAUCAUAGGCUUGUCAGAGAAUGGACGUCCGGUAUCAACCUAGAUGCAGACCUGGAAGAAGUCUUGGAGGCUAUGGAUGCUGAGGGGUUGCCAGUGGCUGACAUGUGUGAUCGGCUGCAUUUGCCGUGCCUCUUGGAACGUUUGGGCGCACCGGCAUUCCUUGUUCAACUCAUCAAGGAUGUCCACACCAACACGUGGAUGGCUGUUGGCACUUCACAAACAAUGGCCACAACCAAGCGCGGCACUCGACCCGGGAGCCCGCUGGCAGAUUGCAUUUUCCAUGUGUUGAUGUCGGAUAUCUUGCAUCACCUACAAGUGUGGAUCGACUCCCAUGAAGCCUUCAAUGAUAUCCUACGAGAAUUGGACAUCACCGGUAGCAGCUUUGUAGCUUGGGCGGACGAUCUUGCAAUCCCUUGGGCAACGAGGACUGCCGAUGAGAUGCCAGAAGCCCUCAGAGCGGUGCUGAGAUUUGUUCUGCAACUCUUUCAUCGUUAUGGGUUCUUGCUGAACAUGGACAAAGGCAAGACGAGCGCUGUUGUGUCCUUUCGAGGGACAGGGGCGCCGAUGCUUCGCCAACGUUUUCAACUGGGUCCACGGCCAGGGGAUGAGAUCCCGAUAGUAUUCCGACGUACCCAGCAACCGGAUCCACGGGUGCGCCUAGCCACUGACCGACUGCUCUAUGCACAGAGAUUGUGGGAACAUGGGCCAGCUGACCUUCAACAUCUGUUGCACAGAGAACAAGCGUUAUGCCAGACAUCAUGGAUGGAUGGGCUGCUUGCCGAUUUAGAGUGGAUGCGCAAGUUGGAACCUGAUGCACACCCACCUAUUGAUCCGUCCGAUCUGACUGCCCUUUUUGAUUUUUGGCAGAGCGGCACAGCAGAAUGGCAGAAGCGUGUCAAAAGGGCCUUCAGACGCUUCCAGAAUCAAGAGCACAUGAUGCAUCAGAUGCAUAGAUUCCAUGGUCAAAUCAUGAAAGCAUUGCAUAGUUGUGCCACAUUCCGAGAUUUGCCAGCGGACUCACAUGAUGCAGAUGAGGAGCACAAAUGUUUUUGUGGUCGCUGCUUUACCACCCCACAGGGUUUAGCAACGCAUAAACGCAAAGCCCACCAAAUCGGUGCCCUGGAGAAACAUCUCAUUGACGGGCCCACAUGUCCAUCCUGCCUCAAGUUCUUUUGGAGCCGACAAAGGCUCUACCAACAUCUCUCAUAUAUUCCGAGAAGGACGCAGGUCAAUCGCUGCUUCCAAGAUUUACAGAAGCGAGGUUUCCGAGUCCUUGAGGAAUUGACACCUGCGCACCCGGCACAACCCAGAGGGCUUCACCGCACUGAAGCCUUGCAGGCACUGGGGCCGCAUUUGCAGCCGAAAGAUCGUCGCAGUAAUGAGCUGCUUUUGGCACGCCAGCGACUUGCACAGGUGGAAGAGACCAUCUUCCGCAUAAGGGUCCCAGAGGAGGCAGAAGUGCAGCAGAGCGCAUACUGGAAAUGCCUGACGGCAAUUACUGAGGGAUGGUUUCAACGAUUUCGUGAAGCAGGGUUUGAUGCAUCCAUGACUGUUCAACUCCCUGACCUGUGGUUAGAUGCGGCUGCUACGGCAGACCCAGCGUAUCCAGAAUGGCUGGAAAGUGUCUACAUUGGCUGGGGUGAAAAAUGUUUAGAAGAUGUCAUCGCCAAGUUUGAAGACGGUGAGGCCGAGUCACUUGUGGAUAAUGCUUUUGCAGAUUUCAUUUACGAAUUCCCAAGGAUGCAAGCACUCUCAGAGGCAGCCUUUCUGAGACAGAAGGUCGGACGUCUGGAUCAAGAAAGAGGCUCUCUGUUUCCCCACAGACCGCCACGGUUCGGCACUGCCAAUGCGAAGGAGAGAAUCCAAACGGCCUUACAGAUCCCUUCCCUUUUUGCACAACAAGAGGAGUGGCUGGAGAAGGUGCGUGCAAUUCGGUUUGACACAAUCCCUGAUUGCACGACUAUUCCACGGGGUGUUGAAGCUCACACUCAACUGCCAGUAUUCCUUGUUGUCCAUCUCUUCAGCGGAAGGAGAAGGGCAACAGAUGUCCAUGCCAGACUUGAGGAGUUUGCACAGGACAAGGGUUUCAGGGUCCAAGUUUUGUCACUUGACACAGCGGUUUCCGUUUUCUACGGCAAUCUACAGGCCGGCCAUACUACUUGGAAGUUUCUUACGACCUUGUACAAGGCAGGGCGUGUCUCUGCGACAAUUCUGGGGUCCCCCUGCGAGACAUUUUCAGCAGCGCGCCACCAUCCCUUAUCUGCUGAAAUGACUGGGAAAUGGCCCAGGCCCCUUCGCAGCGCUGCCCGAUUUUUUGGCCUUGAUGGCCUUACAACACGAGAAUUGAGGCAAGCAGAACAGGGAGCGGAGUUUUUCAUGCAAGGGAUCUUGGCUGCCGCCUGGACCCUCCGAUGCGGAGGUGUUUAUCUCAGUGAACACCCGUGGAAGCCAGAGGAUGAGGCCAAAGUGAGCAUUUGGACCUCACCCUGGGUGCAGUUGAUCCUCCAGCUCCCGAAUGUACGAUUGCAUAGGGUUUGCCAGUGGAGAUGGGGUGCAAGUGCAGUCAAGCCCACAGGAAUCCUUGCCAUCAAUUGUCCUCUUUUCGCACAAUCCGCAUAUAGAAGACAGCUGCCUGAUGCUGUCAAGCCUCAACAAGUUGCAAUUGGCCGUGACAAAACUACUGGAACAUUCCGAACUGCGGUGCUCAAGGAGUAUCCACCAGCCUUUUCUGCGGCAUUAGCUGGUGCAGUAGCUGAUUGUUUCCAAGUGGCGACACGUCAGACUAAUCUGACGCUUGGGCCAUUGCAAGAGCCAGAAAUCGAAGCCUGGGUACAGAUGGCCUUACAGGCCUGCGCCAACAUUCGCACAGAGGCGCCGUGGCUUCCUGAUUUCCAAGGCUGAACACUUUUGUACCAUAAUUAAACCUCGUUCGCAAGGCGGAACGAUGCACGGCAGCAAGGUACGAACCUUUUGCGCAUGGAAAGUG